AUUCUCAUAUUUGUUCUCCGAUCUUACUCCUCUGAAACUCUGGUGUCUCCGUAGAACAAGUCCAGAAUUCUCUUCACAAACGGCGAAGGGCUAUGCAUCGCGACGCACACAGAGCGACUUCACGGCUGUUCGUUCUUCUCCUCGUCGCUCUCUUCUUUCUCAAUGCAACUGCGCGCCCUUUCGUUCUCCUUCUCAGUAAAGACGACCUCAAAGAGAAUCCUCCCUCUUCCGCCGACGACGACGAGUCUUCUAACGGUGAAUUACCCGAGUGGGAGGAGUUCGCCGAUUCCGACACUAAAUCCGAAGACGAGCUCGAUCCUGGUUCAUGGCGUCCAAUCUUCGAGCCCGACUCCAUGUCCGGUACCUCACCGGAGAGCGAGGACGAAGCUCUGUAUUACUCUGGCAUCCGCAAGAUGGUCGCCUCUGUAAGCUCUGGUGAACCGAGAUUGAUGGAGGAAGCAAAUUCUGAGAUCGAGGCCUCUGCGGUUGGUGGAUUUCCUCAUGCGCAGUCCGCUUUGGGGUUUCUCUAUGGGACGGGUCAAUUGAGAGAACAGAACGGAGCCAAGGCUUUUCUGUAUCAACACUUCGCCGCAGAUGGUGGUAACAUGCAGUCUAAGAUGGCCCUCGCAUACACAUACUUGAGACAGGAUAUGUAUGAUAAGGCUGUGAAGCUUUACGCAGAAUUAGCGGAAGCGGCGGUUUCGAGUUUCUUGAUUUCCAAGGACUCGCCUGUGAUUGAACAAGUUAGAUUACAUAAUGGCGCUGAGGAAAACAAGGAGGCAUUGCGGAAGUCACGAGGUGAAGAAGAUGAGGACUUCCAGAUCACAGAGUAUCAGGCGCUAAAGGGGAAUGCUGGGGCCAUGUACAAAAUUGGGAUGAUCUACUACUUCGGAUUGAGAGGUGUGAGGCGUGAUCAUUCCAAGGCAUUAUCGUGGUUUUUGAAGUCUGUGGAGAAGGGGGAGCCCAGGUCCAUGGAGCUUCUAGGAGAAAUAUAUGCCAGGGGAGCUGGAGUUGAGAGGAACUACACCAAGGCGCUCGAGUGGCUCACACUGGCAUCCAAACAACAGCACUUCUCCGCUUAUAAUGGGAUGGGAUACUUGUAUGUUAAAGGCUAUGGGGUGGAACAGAAGAACUACACGAAAGCAAAAGAGUACUUUGAGAAGGCCGCAGAUAAUAAGGAGCCUGGUGGUCAUUAUAACCUGGGGGUGUUGUAUCUAAAAGGAAUUGGUGUUAAAAGAGACGUUAGGUUAGCAUGCAAUCUUUUCAUCACUGCAGCCAAUGCUGGGCAGCCAAAGGCAUUUUACCAAUUGGCAAAAAUGUUCCACACAGGUGUUGGUCUUAAGAAGAAUCUUCCUAUGGCUACUGGCUUGUACAAGUUUGUUGCAGAGAGGGGACCUUGGAAUUCAUUGUCAAGAUGGGCUUUGGAGUCAUACUUGAAGGGUGAAGUGGGCAAAGCAUUCCUUUUGUACUCAAGAAUGGCUGAGCUAGGAUAUGAAGUGGCACAGAGUAAUGCCGCAUGGAUUCUCGACAGAUUUGGUGAACGUAGUAUGUGCAUGGGAGAGGCUGGGUUUUGCACGGAUGCAGAAAGGCAUCAACGUGCACAUUCUCUGUGGUGGCAGGCUUCAGAACAGGGUAAUGAACAUGCUGCUCUGCUGAUUGGGGAUGCAUAUUACUAUGGUCGGGGUACUGAGAGAGAUUAUGAUCGUGCAGCAGAGGCUUACAUGCAUGCUAAAUCACAAUCCAAUGCACAAGCCAUGUUCAACCUCGCCUACAUGCAUGAACAUGGACAAGGUCUUCCUCUUGAUCUUCAUCUUGCCAAGCGAUAUUAUGAUCAGGCCCUAGAGAGUGAUCCAGUGGCAAAAUUGCCUGUCACACUGGCCCUCAUGAGCUUGUGGAUAAGGAAAAACUACGCCAACAGCUUCCUGGUCAGAUUGAUUGAUUCAUUGCCUGAAGCCUAUCCAAAAGUUGGAGCCUGGAUUGAGAAGGUGAUCAUGGAUGAAGGCAAUGCAACAAUCCUUACUCUCUUUGUCUGCCUUUUGACAGUUCUCUACCUUCGUGAGCGGCAAAGAAGGCAUGCAGCAGCUGCCCCUGGGGAGAUGCCCCUCCCACUCCAACCCAAUGAGCAUGAUGCACUUGUUCCCAAUUAGUUGUGAUAGUGGUGGUUCUCCUUACUGAUGAAGAUAGUCACUGUGAUCCGCCUGUGCAAAAGAUCUCUGAAGU